UCUUAACACAGAAGGAGGGUUCAAACUCCACCACUCUCCUUGCUCCUGUUGUCUCCUCCUUUUCCUCAGUGAGUUGGAGGUGUGUUGACAGCUUGAGUGGAACAGAAAGUCGGAGCUGCAGCGAAGUGAGAGCAGCAGAGAGACGAGCUACACAGUGAGUGUUUUUCCCUGUGGGAGGUUUCAGGCUUUUAGUGGGACAGCUGGGACUUUUCACUAAAGCUGGUCACUCUUCAGUCUCCGUGUGAGUCAACAGCCUCAACAUGACCUCUGACCCCAGAAGCCUACGAGCUCCUGCUCGAUCCAGGAGUCUCUUCAACAGCAUCAAGUUCUUUGUGUUUUGCCACAGUUUGCUGCAGCUGGCCCAGCUUUUGGUGUCGGGCUACAUGAAGAGCUCCAUCUCCACCAUCGAGAGGCGCUACGGCCUAUCCAGCCAGAAGUCUGGGCUCCUGGCCUCCUUCAACGAGGUGGGAAACACCAUCCUCAUCAUCUUUGUGAGCUUCUUUGGGAGUCGAGUCCAUCGGCCACGGUACAUCGGCGCUGGAGCGCUGCUCGCUUGCCUGGCCUCUCUUCUGAUGGGGGUAACGCACUUCAUGAGUGAACCGUACCACUACACGAAGAGCAUCAUCGGCAUCCUCCUCGCUAUGACCUCGAUCGGCCCGGCCUUCGGAUUCAUCACUGGCGCCCUCAUGCUACGCUUCUAUGUUGACUUUGACAAAGUACCCAAAGAGGAGAUCGAGUUGGACACUACAGACCUGCGCUGGGUGGGAGCAUGGUGGCUUGGCUUCCUGGUAGCCUCGUGCAUCCUCUUUCUCACUGCACUACCUUACCUCUUCUUCCCCAGAAACAUGCCCAAAGAGGAAGAUCCAGAAGACGUUGACCCCGAACCAGAAAGUAAGGAGCAGCAGACAGACACACGACAGGAACCUACCCUCAUUCAGUUCCUCAAAAGCUUUCCUAAAAUCGCUCUGCGAACGCUGCGAAAUCCCAUCUACCUGCUGGUGGUUCUGGCUCUGGUGAACUUGUCAGCUCUGCUGUCCGGCCUCGCCACCUUCAUGGCCAAGUUCAUCGAGAAACAGUUCAGCCAGAGUGCCUCUUUCUCCACCAUGAUGAUAGGAGGAGUCGGGAUCCCAAUGGCGGUACUGGGGACCGUCCUGGGUGGAGCUUUGAUGCGACGGUUCAGUCUUUCAGUCAAUGGCGCCAGCAAAUUGUGCACAAUAGCCAUCCUUCUCUGCAUCCUGACUGCCCUGCCAAUGCUGUUCCUCGGCUGCCCCACACAGAGCAUUGCUGGGGUCUCGAACAACAGCUAUGAUUUGUUGCAGUGCAGUUCUAGCUGUCACUGUUCUGAGGAAGCGUUUAACCCGGUCUGUGGGUCAGACGGCGUGGAGUUCAGGUCUCCUUGCCAUGCUGGCUGUCAAUCUGUAGAAACAGACAACUUCAGCAAAGUCGUGAACUACACCGAGUGCCGGUGUGUCAGUGGUCUCAGCUUCGCCCUACCUGGGAGCUGUGGCAGUGGGUGUGAGCAUCUCCUCAUACCCUUCGUGGUUCUGCUGGGUCUCACUGCCUUCAUCGCCGCCUUUUCCCAGACACCCUCAUGCAUGAUGAUACUCAGGGAGGUACCUCCAGAGGAUAAGUCGUUCGCAGUGGGAGUUCAGUACAUGCUGUUCAGAGUCCUCGCAUUCAUGCCCGGUCCAGUGUUGUACGGCAGUGUCAUCGACACCACCUGCAUCUUAUGGGGCAAGAAAUGUGGCAAGGAGACCUCCUGUCAAUACUACAACUUAGAGAGCUUCAGAAGCAGGUUUCUGGGACUGCAGGUGGUGUUUGUGUGUGGGGGGUUGCUCUGCUACCUGCUGACAAUCGUCGUCCUGCGGAAAAGAGACAGGUAUCAGGAAAGUGAUUACCAGAUGGUGAAUCAGAAAAUAUCAGAGAAAGGCAAAGAAAAAGAACUGAUAACAUGAAGAGGAUUCUGAGAAAACACUUUUCACUGAGACUGCAUAGGUAGCUUUUUUCUAUGCUGGUUGAAAGGACACUGCCACUAAGCAGUGAAUUACUCGGUGUGGUGGAUGCUUCACUUAUAACAGAGCAAUGUGCUUGCAUUAUAAGGCAAAAUUAUUUUUUUAUCACUGUUUUGUUUAUACAUCAUGGCUAACAUUUCAGAAUGGUUUUCUUGUUUUUAGAUAGAACUUAAUGUGACUGACAGUAUAUACUUAUGUAAAGUUUCACUUACGAUGUUUAGUUUUUGGCCAUUGAGCAGUAUAUCAGUCCCAAACUGCGUGCCAAAACUAAUAACCUGAGUAACACGGAACUCUUUUUCAAGAUUUUUUUAUGUGUCUUUGAUGAAGUCAUAAAAAGAUCGCCCUAACUACUGUGACGUCACCUCUCACAUUUUGACUAUCCAACUUUAGUGUUUUGGCGUCCCCCUUGUUGGCUUUUUGUAGCCAGAAGUGAGGAUGCACAUAAUAUAUGCAAUCAUAUACUUAAGCACAUCUAUAUAUAUAUAGCAUAAUGAUCAAAAUACGAUGUUGUCUUGCUAUAGAAAUUUAGUUAAAGUAACACUUGCCUGGCAUGGAAAUAAGGAAAAAAUAUCACGUUAUAGGGAGACACAUGAGUUGCCAUUGACAACAUUUAAUGAUAUGUUUAGCACUAAACUGAACUUAAUGUUCACAUUAACGUGAACAUCAGUUUCCAGUUUCUUCACACAUGUCACUGCUUAACAAACACUUAGCGAGUAGCUGCAGAGUGUUUGCAAACAAGUCGGCACCUUUCAUAGAAAUUUCAUACAACCCUUGCUAAUGCAACGAACGUUUUACUACAGCACACUACACCUGUUUGUGAAAGAUUUCACUGACUGCUAGCAAACUCCAGCAAUGAAUCACAGCCAAAUGGUGGUUGCCAGGCAGUUGCCAAGCAGUCUUUAGGCCUGUGGGACUGGGGUGCAGUAAGUUACUGACACCCUCAGGUGCUGCUUAAAAAUACUCACAUUGUAAAAGUAGACCUUUGCAGUAUAUGUGCACCUGCCUGAUAUACAAACACAUGCUUUAUUUAACCAUUAAGAACACAGCCUUGGUUAAAAUAGUGGCUUACGAAAAGCAAAGGCAUAACAAGGAAAAUUAAACAUUAAAAGAACAGCAGACUUCCAAAGACAUGUUAAUAGACCCAUUGGUAAAAUGGUGCCUCUGGUGGUGGAAGGCUUAGUUACAUUUUUUAGAUGUAAUUAUCAAAAGUACCUGUAAACUCUCUAAUAAUGAGCUCAGUGUACUCACAGUGAUCCCUGUGACUCUAAAUACUCACUUUAUUACAGUUUUUUCUACUCUUGGAUCUGUGUGACAUCACCAUUAGGCAAUAUCCCUAACAUGGUCAUCUCAGGCACUUAAGCUCCGCGAACCUGCUAGUCAAACUUUCUGUUUACAAGGAGCAGUUGAAGCUGUCUUAAAGGGGGAGGAGCUAAAACAGCUCAGUAAGGUGGCUGCACGACAACCGAGUAUGAGACAAAUAAAGUUUAUUUUGAACUGUGAAUCGUGCACACACUUGGAAUACAGUUGUUACCUCUGACAGAUCAAUGUGAUUGUGGUCUUAAAGAUAAUACAUCUGCAACAGCAUCGCUAUAGGAACAAGUUUCAGGUGUGAAAAAUGUGGUCAUUAUAUCAUUUCCUGUACAUCAGUUAAAUUACAUCCAGCACAGAUUCCUUCAAAUCUCACGUUCACUUUUACUUUCACAUUUAAAUGUGUCGAAAGAAUUCUUAUUUCAACAUCACACUAACGAGGAAGCCACCAGCUUUCAUCUCUGAAUAUUUUUAGUGUCCCAUCAUUUUUACUGGAAAUGAAAUAAAAGAGAAACAUCUGUGCAGUGAGUGUAUUCAUGCUGUGAUCUUGAAGAGAGAAAGCAGCUAGGCCAGCUUGUUUCAGACAGAGGGUGGACUGAGGGCUGAACCAGAGCCCAGGAUGAGGGGAAUAACAAUUAUUGUCAACUGUGAACCAUGCAAUGCUACUCUACUGGAGCUCAAGAAAACAAAUAUGGAGCUAUAUUGAGCAGAAAAGGUUUUCUAUAUGCGGGAACUACAACUUUACCAGAACACUGUGACAGGAUUCUGGAGUCACGAAAAGACUUCAAAGAGAUUAAAGAAGGGAAACUAAAAAAGACAGAGGGAUGGCAAACAAACAGGACAUACAAAAAGGCACCACAACACUCUUUUUACAUGAAAAUGUGAAUUCAUGAACUUAAUUCUUCCGGCACAAACGGAUCCCGUGAACAUGAAUUUAAUCCAGCGAGAUGUCUUCAAUGUUUUGUCACUUUUUUAUAAACUGUUUUCUACAAGUUUGAUAAAAUGAUGUUUAAGUGUUUGUAUAAUAACCUUUCAUACUCGAAAUGUUGUUCUGUAAAUAUUUAUAUCCAAUUGAACAGUGAAUAAAGGACACUGGCUUUAUAAAAAAUAUAUGAAAUAUAUAACAUUUUAGAAUAAAGUGGAGCAGUAUCACUGAAGCACUAAUCGAAAUGUGAUGGACAAAAUAUCGUAUCAUAAAAUAUCAUCAAAAUUCAUAAUUUUCUUUUGUAUGUUUUUAAAUAAAACUAAUUAACACAUUUAA